UUUAGUGCAGGCGGGUAAGGUCAGCACAAAUCUUUUCAUUUGCAUUUUCCUAGAAAAAAGCUAACAAACAAACCUAAGCCACCCUGGCUUCUGUAUCUCCGCACAAAGGUAACAUUCCUUUUUCGAUCUUCACAUUUUUUUUCUUUAUUUGCUACACUAGAUCAGUUAAAUUUCCCAGUCUUUGUGAGUAUUUUUUAUUAGAUUUUAUCAUCAUCAUGAAAAAAACUUGUUUUCCCAUGUUUUCUUGCAUUUUUAUCGAUGACGUUAUUCCUUGUGCUGUAAACAAACGAAGAGGGCAACCUUGGCAUUGAGGGUGCUAAAGAAAUUACCCUAAUAUGGCUGAUGAGGGGCCAGUGGAUCAAAAGAAAUAUCUUGAGGAUAUUUGCAAAUCCGAUUGUGCAAAGCCUAUGCAUGAUUAUGCGGAAUGUAUGAAGAGGAUUUCAGGUGAUGAUACAGGAAUCAAGCACUGCACUGGACAAUACUUUGACUACAUGGCUUGUGUUGAUAAAUGCGUUGCCCCAAAGCUAUUUGCAAAGCUGAAAUAACUGGGAGCUCGCUACUUAUAUUAAGGAUGCCUUUUCUCCAAUUUGUUCUUCACAUGCCCUUAUAUUUAAUAAUUUUAGCCUAAUCUUUAUUUGGUUAAAUUUGUAGCAGCAUUGGUUGUAAUUCUUCCGCUUUGAGAAUCUUCUCCUUUAAAAGUUUUUUUCCAAUAAGAAUAAAAGAUCUUUCC